AUGACUGAAACAGAUGGUGAAACAUUAAAACUGAAAGAAUUUGCUGCACAAAACGGCCCGAAAACAACUGGGACAUUCGAUGGCGGGUAUUCGCUCACAACUGAUGAAGAACCUUUGACAGAGUGGGAUCAUCUCACAGCCGAAGAAGCAGAAAAAUGGCGGAAAUCGGCAAUCUACGUUUCCUGGGCAACUAUAAUUUGUCUAACAAUUCUAGGAAUAGGAUUUGUUGUCGACACCACACCGUCAUCGUCAUUGAUACAUAUGAGCUGGCUCAGGUGCGUUUUUGUCGUUCUUGCGGCGUGUUCGCCCGUCGAGGUUGGAGCAAACAAGACAGUUCUCACAAUUCUGGGGCUAUUCCCGUUUGACUCGCCCAUAUGGAAUGGCGGGGAAUCCCACCUACCGGCAUCUCAGAUGGCAAUGCAGCAUAUAAACGACAAUGAAGACAUAUUAGCAGACUAUGAGCUGCAGAUAGUAUCCGGAGAUAGUAAGUGUGUCGCCGGUGCAGCGGUGAAUUCGAUGUAUGAGCUGCUAUACAGGGAACCAACGAAGAUUUUCAUUCUUGGACCAGCAUGCUCUGCGCCUUCAGAGGCAACGACACAGGCAGCAUGGUACUGGAGUUUGGUGCAGAUGUCCUAUUCUGCUCUUUCCGUUACUCUGUCGGAUAAAAUUAAGUUCCCUUAUUUCACACGAAUCAAGCCACCCGAUGUCGCACUUAACGUAGCUAGGUUAGCAUUGAUACAACAUUAUGGCUGGAAUAAAGUGGCAACUAUAACAGAGGCGGAGAAUAUCUGGCUAACCGGAACAAAUGAUAUGAUCGAGAAAAUGACCGCAGCGGGCAUGGAGGUAGCUACGUCAGAAACGUUUCGAGAAGAUCCAAGACUGCAGAUGGAAAACAUAAAGAGCAAAGAUGUGAGAAUUAUCUACGGUAACUUCUAUGCUCCAGCAUCGAUAAAGGUGUUUUGCGAGGCUUACAGAUUGGGAAUGUAUGGGGCUAAAUACGUAUGGAUAGCACGCGGUGGGAUUUCUCGUGACAGUGAUCGUGACAUUGAUACUGGCGCCUGUACAUUUGAUCAAAUCUUGGAAGUCAUGGAGGGCAUGUUGUCAGUUGGGACGUGCACAAUCAACCCGGAGAAGACGUCUAAAGGUGUUUCUGGCAUGUCGCACAUUAUAUUUAAUGAAAAUGGCGAUGCAGUACCGGAUUUAAAAUAUCAGCAAUAUCAAGACGGAGUGAGAGUUGAUGUUGGCAUUUACCAAUCGAAGACAGGUAUUAUUACAUUUGACGCCGAUAACCCAGUGAUAUGGAAAGGAGGAGAACCACCAAACGACCACAUUCAUUUGGAAAAUGUCAUCCUCAAAAUACCAUUCCACAUAUAUGUGCUUAUGUCUUCAUGUGCCUUUAUUGGUAUUACGUGCGCUCUGUGUUUCCUUGUCUUCAAUUUGAAAUAUCGACAUAAAAGAAUAAUUAAGAUGUCGUCACCAACAAUCAAUAACAUCAUUUUGGUGGGAUGCAUCGUGACUUAUCUGACAGUGUUUAUGUCUGCAUUCGAGAGUGCGCAGUUGGAGUCAAUCACGUACUGUAAACUGAGUACGUAUUUAUUGAUGAUCGGGUUCUCAACUGCAUACGGUGGAUUAUUUUCGAAAACGUGGAGAGUCCAUGUACUGUUCACCAACAAAGAACUGAAAAAGAAGACAACGGAAUUUGACAACUACAUAACCACAUAUAUGGUGGAAGUUUGUGAAUCGAGCAAGAUGGAAUAUUGGCUUGUUGUUAUCUAUUCUACAAAGGCUAUACUUAUGUUACUGGGGGCGUUCCUGGCGUGGGAGACACGAACGGUCUCAAUAUCGAUUCUAAACGACUCUCAUUACAUUGGUAUAUGCAUCUACAACGUGGUGUUACUAAGCGUUCUUGGCGCGCCAUUGGCUUAUCUUUUGCGAUCACAGCCAAAGAUUUCGUAUAUCAUAACUUCGGCCUUCGUGAUCGUGGGAACUACUGUUACGCAAUGCCUUGUAUUUGUGCCAAAGAUUAUUGCUUACAAAGACGGACAAGUCAUACCAUGGGGUACUAGAAGUAUUAGAAAAAGACUUGAUACAUUCGCCUCCAAUUCCGUGGAUACAGGGCAACUGAAAGUGUCAACAAGUAAUGUCGCAGUGCAGUGUGACCUGUACACAAGGAUCAUUGGAUCUGCAGAUUUAUGA